UUUUGCUUCUUUUUUUUUCCUGUGUUGUUUUAGUUGUCCAAUUUACCUACCGCCGAAACCUUGCGCGCGCGAUUACUUCCGCCCUGUUUUUAGGCGGGCUAUUGCCGAAUACGAGCGAACCUUGGAACCACGAAACCACAACGAACGGGGAGUCGGGCCAAACGGAGGGCACGUCUCGAAUCUUAAGACGAUCUUGGGAGAGUAAAAUACACCUUCGUUAAUCCUCCUACGUUCGAUUAAAUAGCGAUAUUUCGUUACGACGCCGAAAUUCUCCCCCAUGCCGCCUCCCGAACCCCUGCGCGCCCUCGCGCGCGAUAUCCUCGCGGCUCCGGCGUCCCGAGACGAUGCGUCUCCCUCGUCGAUUCCCACGCCGACGGCGAUAACGUCGCUUACGGGCAGACUCCACGCCCUCGCGUCCCGCACGCACCACCUCUUCCCGCGCCUCGCCACGGACGUCAGCACCGUGCCGGAGGGGUACGGGCGGUACCCCAACGGCCCCUCCCCGGGGGCCGUCGUCGGCAUCGUGCUGGGCUCCAUCGCGGGGUUCAUCCUGCUGCUGUGGCUCAUCUACUGGUGCGUGAACAUGGGGGGCGCGUCGUCGCCGCCGGCCGACGUCGAGUCCGGGUACUUCGGCGCCGGCGGGUCGUCGAGCGUCGUCUCGUACCGGUCGCGGCCGCGCGUCGUGCACCGCCAGAGCACCAGCAAUAGGCACACGCACAGCCCGCGCCGCCGCACGAAGGAGACGAUCGAGAUCUCGCGCCGCGACGUCAGACGCGAGGUCUCGCCUCUUCCUCCGAGGACUCGCAGCCCGGGCGUCGAUCAGAUCGUCGUUAUGGAGGAGCACGGCGGCAGGAGCGGCAGCAGCAGGUCCAGGUCCAGGUCCAGGUCUAUGAGCGUGAGCCGCGCCCGCGCGCGGCGCAUGUUGGAUGAGGAUGAGAUCGUGGUGGAGGAGGACCAUAGCACGCCGCCGAGAAGACGGGAUAGUAGGAGGAGUUAUAGGAGGAGGAGCAGCGAGCGGAGGAGCGGCCAGUAUAGGGAUGGAGAUCAGUACAGGUUCUCGGGCGGGUCGGGGUCGAGGCGGAGAAGUACCUCGAGGAGGCCGUGAUGCUUAAUUAUGAGGGCAAUGGUGAUGGGUAGGUGGUAUAAUGGGUGUCAUAAUGAGUAGGGAUGAAGUUCCGAGGUUCUUUGAUGAGAACGA